GUGACAAAGCAGCCAUCCAUAAAAAUGACUGCAAAAGCAAUGGCUGCAAGAAAGAAAGUACUCGCUCCCUCGACUCCGGACCCUCUGAAGGCACCUCCUUCGUAUAAAAGAGGUGUUGUCCCUAGGUACCUGCGGUCUCAGAAGAAAGAACAACAGAAAGGAGAUGAAGAGUUAUUUGAUUCCCAACAAGGAUACAUUCCUCUCCCAAAUGACACUAGGAAAGAAGUGCUUACAUUGCUCAGGAAAAGUUUUGCUGAUUUGGCUCAUCAGCUAAACAUGCUGCCACUUCGACCGCCAAACCUAGAGAUUCGAGAAAGGAGAAUGGACAUUGAGAAGCAGCUGGAUAAACUAGAAGAAGCAAUUCAAGUAUUUUCUCAGCCUGAAGUAUCUGUGAAACUUGCACUUCACAAAAGGAGUGUGAAAAGUGUUUGAAUGAAGGAGCACAGUAUUACUUACAGUUAACAGACAAUUACUGCCUGACCCAAUCAGGCGAGAAAAACUUAAGAACUGUUGCAUUUUGACAUAUCAAGUAAUCUAUUGUUCCU